AUUGAUCUCGGCCGAGUAGAAAAAUCGCACGGGAAGAUUUUGAGUCGAAGCUCAUCGCCGUCAGAGCUUCAAUUUGCCUGCGUAAUCCAGCCAACCAUUGAAGCUCCUGUGCUCAGAAUGCGUAUGUGAGAGAACAUGAGUAGCAAUAAGUGGGCGCUGACGCUUCGGUUGCCCAAGUCGGCCUUUCCGUGAGUGACGUCACACGCCUGUUGUUCGGCAGAAAAGCCAGCCCAGGCAUGGAUGACCCAGGCACGGAUGGCCCAGCGCUCAAGAUCUCGCCAUACUUGACGAGAAACGACAAGGACGGCAUGCUGACGGGCUUGCUACUGGGACGCCUCGCCGUCUAGGCCACGUCCUGACUCCGGCCUGCGCCAGCAUUUUAUACGAAAAUGCGCCGAUGACCUGUACCGCUGGCAGGCCGUGCACCGGCCAGCCACACGCCCCUUCGUUCUUCAUGAUGGCCCGCCAUACGCGAACGGCAAGCUGCACGUCGGCCACGCCCUCAACAAGCUCCUCAAGGAUAUGAUCCUAAGGGUCAAGAUCCAACAAGGAUACCGAGUGCACUACCGUCCCGGGUGGGACUGCCAUGGCCUGCCAAUCGAGCUACAGGCGCUCGCCAGCUUUCAAGCGGCGAGGAGUGGUGGCAACUUGGGGCCAACUUCUUCCGCUCUGACCCAAGACAUGGAACCCGCCCGGGUCCGUGGGCUGGCGCGUGGACUCGCCGAGAGCACAGUGGCGAAGCAGAUGCGCGAAUUCCGGUCCUUCGGCGUCAUGGCCGACUGGGACGCCCACUGGACCACGAUGCAGCCGUCCUAUAUUUACGACCAGCUCGGCCUGUUUCGCCGCAUGGCCGCACGCGGCCUCAUCCAACGCCGCCACAAACCCGUAUAUUGGUCUCCCUCAUCACGCACCGCCCUGGCCGAGGCCGAGCUUGAGUACAACGAGAACCAUCAGUCGACGGCCGCCUAUGUAAAGCUUCCUGUCUGCGACGCAGACAGCGGCCGCCUCGCGGGGAUCGACCGCUUAAAACUCGUCAUCUGGACGACAACUCCAUGGACCCUGCCUGCAAACCAGGCUGUUGCCGUACACGAUGAUCUCACCUACAUGGUCGUCAAGCUAGGCGACGAUGCCCUUGUCAUUGGCGAGGACGCACUGGAGAGGAUCAUGGCGGCGUGCAGCUUGGAGGAGGCGCCCGAGGUGCUCGUUUCCUCCCUCAAGGGCAGCGAGCUCAAGGAAUUGACUUACACGAACCGCCUCCAAGGGGCCGAGGCCAAGCCGCAGCCCGUCGUCCACGCCGGUUUCGUUUCGGCCGAGUCCGGCUCUGGGCUCGUCCAUCUGGCACCUGGUCACGGCUUCGACGACUACGACGUCUGCAUCCCGCUCGGUAUGCCCGCUGUGUCGGCCGUCGAUGACGCGGGGCUGUUCACUGAGGAGGCGUGCCGCCUCUUCCCGGGCCUCCCCCGCUCCGGCGGCGGUGCGGACGCGCUCAAAGGCGGCAGCAAGAUGGUCCUUCAGCUCCUCGGCGACGACGUCCUGCAUUCGCACAAGCACCGCCACAAGUACCCCUACGACUGGCGCACCAAGCAGCCCAUCGUUGUGCGGGCCACAGCCCAGUGGUUCGCCGAUGUCGGGUCCAUCAAGCAGGACGCGCUCGACGCGCUCGCCCCUGUCCGUUUCAUUCCCGAGACGGGCCGCACGCGGCUUGAGAGCUUCAUCAAGGGCCGCAGCGAGUGGUGCAUCUCUCGGCAGCGCGCAUGGGGCGUGCCGAUCCCGGCCCUGUACGACGAGGCCACCGGCGAGGCCGUCAUGACGGACGAAGUCAUUGCCCAUAUAAUCCAGGCCAUCAAGAAGUGCAAUAUCAGCCGCUGGUGGUCGGACGCGCCUGAUGAGCGCCGAUGGAUUCCCAAGGCGCUCCGGGACGGGCGCAAGCUGAGGAGAGGCACAGACACCAUGGACGUCUGGUUCGAUAGCGGUAGCAGCUGGAUGCAGCAGACGGUGACAUCGGGGCCAGCAGAUGUGUAUCUUGAGGGUACUGACCAACACCGGGGAUGGUUUCAGUCCAGCCUCCUCACGCGGGCCGCAGACCCUGCGGGGGGCUACUCGACACCGUUCAGGACUCUUGUGACACACGGCUUUACACUGGAUAGCAAGGGGAAGAAGAUGUCCAAAUCUCUCGGCAACAUCAUCUCGCCGGCCGACGUGAUGGAGGGCCGGCUGCUGCCCCCUCUGAAGUCGAACAAGAAAUCAGAGAAGGCCCUCGGGACGCAAGAAAACCAGGACGCUCCUGAAACGGGCUAUGAUGCCCUCGGCCCCGACGCAUUGAGGCUGUGGGCGGCGAGCGUCGACUACACCAAGGACGUGGUGAUAGGCACGACGGCGCUUACGUCGGUGCACUCGAUGCUCAAGAAGUAUCGCACCAUCCUCAAGAUGCUUCUCGGAUCGAUGGAAGGGCCACUACUGGGUGAGGCCAGGCCUGCAAGUCGAUACGACGUCAUUGACCAGAUCGCGCUCAUGAAUCUGAGUGACACCAUGGCCGCGGUGGCGAAGCACUACGACUCGUUCGAGUUCUACAAGGGCCUCGCCGCCAUGAACGUCUGGGUUUCUCACCACCUCUCGGCCGUUUAUCUCGAGGCGCUCAAGGACAGGCUUUACUGCCGGAACGAUGGGGACGGUGCGCUCCUGCCCAUCUUUGAUGGCUUCUGCAGGAUGCUCGCACCAGUGGCACCGCUGCUAGUGGAGGAGGCGUGGCACCAUGCUCCUAAUUGGCUUAAAUUGUCUAUUGCCCACCCCGCACGGCAGCUCUACGACGAUCCACUGGUCGACCCGUUGCUGCUCACCGCCGACCAGCAGCGCCUCCGGCAGGCCCUGCCGGCGCUGGAGGCGGCGCGCGGAGCCGUCAACGCGGCGGUGGAGCAGGCCCGGGUGCACAAGAAGAUCGGGCAGUCGCUCCAGAGCGACGUGACGCUGCUGACGGCCGACCCGCGCGCCCUCGACGCCUUUACGCUGCUGGGCGAGGAGAAGCUGGCGGCACUGUUUGUCGUCUCGACACUCCGCGUCCUCGACACAAGACCCGGCACUCUGCCGCCGCAGCCGCCGACCGAGCGCGCUUCUCUCGGCGCUGACCUGGGCUGGGAGUACACGGCCGAGGCGACGCUCGAGGGCGGCGGCGGCGUUGUCAAGGCCGUCGUCAGGCACCCACUCGACCACAAGUGCCCGCGCUGCUGGAGGUACCUGGCACCCGCCGACGGCGAGCUCUGCCGCCCGUGCGACGGGCUUUUGCACCCGAGCGGCGCGGAGGAGCCCUCUCCCUGAUGGACGGGCCGCCUAGAUGAGAGGCACGGCACGCCUUGGAAUGAAGGAAGACGGUGCCAGGAGACUACAGUAACAAGAUAAUGCCAUGCCGGUUGGACGUGGCGGCGGGGGCUUUAUUUUCGCAGCCGUAGUUCCUUGCCUGGUCGAGUGGAAGGGUCGUGGUCCCUCUGCCGCCUUCCGAUCCCUGUCAGAUAGUAUCGAGACCCGAAAGAACGGGGCAUAUAUCAUAUAUGUACGGUAUAGGUCACUAAAGACCUGUUUCUCCGCUUCUACUUUCGUAGUCAUCUUGGGAGUCCUCGAAGCAUGUGAACAAAAACAUGUUGGUUUUCAGCAUUGAUAAGAAUGUGGUUUCUUAAAACCGAACGAAUAGCACACAUUUGACGAG